AUGAUAUCGGCAAAUAAUGAUUACAAUUGUACAACUUUGUUGUCGAAACGCUUGUUCAAGGCAGUAGAUUUGGAAUCACAAAAGAAAACUUUAACUGAAUUAAAAACACUUUUGACUUCAGGCGACGACAAAGGAAAGAAGAAAUUUAAUGUGACAAAGGCAUUAAAAUCGCCCUGUUAUUGUCCUGUUUUACGAUUUGUAGAAAGAAGAAUGAAGGAAUCCAUCUUCUAA